GACUCAUCGCUAAAUCCAAGUGUCUGGGGUUCGCUGUUACUGUCAAAUUGGCAAGAAGAAGAGGCAUAACAAAAGUAUUUUUGCAUUCUGCAAGUGGAAUAUUCCUACGCCCUAAUUGAUCGAACAAAUCUAAAGACGACGAAUAAUGCAGACGACCAACCGGAUACAUGGUUGAAUCAGACCAAUCCACAAUCACCAAGGAGUCAACCAGAGCACCGGAUAAAUCGCAUGGGAUAAAAACACGACCUUAGCAGAGGGAUCGACCAUGGAUCCGCAGAAGAUCACAGAGCUGGCCAACCUGCUCCGGCAGAACGGCGACAAAAUAUUGAGCUCCGAGUUUACCUUGACGUUAUCAGGUUCCCUGCUGCGGGCGCUGAACGACUCCUUCACCCUGAUUGCGGACACUGAAAUCGGAACUGGCGCGGGUUACCUCCAGCCGCAGUCUUUUCAGGUGGUCAAGCCCAUCAACGCCAAGUCCAGCGUCUUCCCCGACCUCCAGCUGGUCCAUGACUUUGUGCAGAAGACGACACUUUUGAAGCUGACCUACUUUCCCAGCGAACACUAUUUCGAGGGCGCCAUCGACAUAGCGAAGUUUCGAGCACUGCGCCGCCUCGAGGUAAACAAAAUCAACAUCUGUCAGGUUGUGGGCAUCCAACCGCUGCGCGGCCAGCUGCAACAUUUGAUCUGCGUAAAAAGCCUUACCAGCGUGGACGACAUUAUCACGCGCUGCGGCGGCGACAACUCGAAUGGCUUUGUGUGGAACGAGCUAAAGACGGCCGAUUUCAGCUACAACAGCCUGCGCAGUGUAGACACCGCCCUGGAGUUCGCACAGCACCUGCAACACCUAAACCUUCGGCAUAAUAAGCUCACCAGCGUGGCCGCCAUCAAAUGGCUGCCGCAUCUUAAGACCCUGGACCUGAGCUACAACUGCCUUACGCACCUUCCACAGUUUCACAUGGAGGCCUGCAAGCGGCUACAACUAUUGAACAUCAGCAACAACUACGUAGAGGAGCUUUUGGACGUGGCAAAGCUGGACGCUCUGUACAACUUGGAUCUGUCCGACAACUGCCUGUUGGAGCACUCGCAGUUGCUGCCACUGAGUGCACUGAUGAGCCUAAUUGUACUAAAUCUGCAAGGAAAUCCGCUUGCUUGCAAUCACAAACAUCGCCAGGCGACAGCACAGUAUCUGCACAAGAACACCGCAACUGUGAAGUUUGUCUUGGACUUUGAGCCACUAACUAAGGCGGAGAAGGCGCUGACGGGCAGCCAAAAGUGGCGCUACAUAGGCGGUCUUAACUACCGCUCGCCCAGGAGUACCUCGAUGUCCAUCAACAGCUCUAGUGCUUCCAUAAACACCAGCGACGGCUCCCAGUUUUCCAGCUUCGGCUCGCAGCGUUCGGUUUCUAUAAGAGGAAAUAACUACACUUUGGAAGACAACCAAUCGAUGGACACCUCGCAAUCUAGCAAACGGAUAAGUUCGUGUAAGAUCAGGACAGUGGACAUAGAAGAGAGCAGUGAGAUCGAUACAGACGCAGCAUCCGUUUCCACGCCAAAUCCUCGAUCCGAAUAUGAAGAGGAACCGGAUAAUUCGCACCUGGAGACCAAGAAAAAAAUCGAGACACUACGUCUUACUUAUGGCAAUGAAUGGUUGAAGUCCGGCAACGCUGAGCUGAUGCUGGGAAUCGAAACGCCGCAGCCAACUGAACGGGAGCGCAAUGAGUCUCGCCAGCUUUUCAAUGAGUACCUAGGCGAACUAUCUGCAUCCACAGAAGCAAAAAAUGACUCUGAGCACCACAACAUUAGCUCCACACCCACGAACAACGUUUUGUUAGCUUCCACCUUCGACACCACCAUUACUCCUAUUAAAUCGGAAGCGAACGACACAAGUGGGCAGACUCUGUACGAAACCUGCACUGAGGGCGAAGAGACAAACUACGAGAGUCUAGACAACAACACUAUGGAGCUGUCGACAGAAGAACGACCGCCUGACAGGCACGAAGAAUUGUUGAGACUUUAUGCAAGUAGCUCUAAUGCUCAGGAUGAGGAUCCGGUAUCCGAUGCUGAGUCUGAUGAGGAGACCUACAUAGUCUACCAUGAACAGAAACCGAGCGAAGCUCUGUUUCUUACCAUAUCAUCGAAUUUUAUACGCGAAAAAGACACGUUAACUGAAAGGACGAAAGCCAAAUGGAGUCUAAAAAUCCUCGAGUCAUGCGAGCGUGUUAGGUCCAACACCUUGCGCAUCAAUUUCGACACGAUGCGGAAGGAUAAACAGGAGCGUAUCUAUUGCGUGGAAAAUACGCUAUGCCAGGAACUGGAAAGGAAACUGCGAGACAUUCUAUCGCAGCGUGAUCUAACCGAAAUGAACAUAUCCAUCUAUCGCUGUGUGAAUUGCCUAACGCAGUUUACUAUUGAGCAAAAAAGCAAGCGAUAUAAAACAAAGGAAUUGCGAUGUCCGGAUUGUCGCAGUGUCUAUGUGGCUGAAGUAACCGAAUUAUCCUCAUCUUUGUCCAAACCUUCUGGUGAAGUGGUGGUAGAGCCCAAACUUUCACCCGCCAUGAUUGUGGAGGAAUCCCCAGUGGAGGAACUCGCUGCGGCGACAAAUAAGGAAGAAAGCAACAGCAUUGUGGCCAACUGCAGGCUAACAACUGCAAAAAACACACCCAAGCUUAGGAGUUUGACGCAAGCCACCAAAAGUUCCGCCAAUUCGCUAAAUGGGAGCAGCUCUUGCUCAAAAAUUACCAACUCACAGAGCUCUUUCGACUCGAAUCAAUCCGUAGUGGGCAGCUCGAACACGGAUCGGGAUCUGGAGUUUCGGGCCAACGAAAGUGAUGUGGACAUCAUCUCCAAUCCGAGCCAGUCCAGCAUAGAGGUACUAGAUCCGAACUACGUGCAGAGCGCCAGUCGCAAGACCUCAGAAGAGCGCCGCAUAUCUCAGCUACCUCAUCUGGAGACGAUACACGAUGAAAUCGCGAAAUCAAAGAGCUUCAUCGAACGCGAGUUUGGUCAGCUUCUGGCGGAGCAGGCUCAGCCUACGACACCUUCGGCUGCAGCUCCCUUGGCUCCUGCAAAAUCGGCUGUCCCAUCCCAUGUACCGCUGACAGAGAGCAGCUCGUCGGGAUCUGUAACGGACAGCAUAUGUACCACCUACGAGCAGCAGGCCACUGAUGCGCCACAAAAUCUACAAACUUCCCUGCUCACCGAGUCGUCAAACAGCCAAGUUAGUGGUUCGGAUGCGGAAUCUAAUAGCCGUUUGAAAACCGCUGAGGAUGCCAGCCUGCUGCCUUUCGCAUCUGUAUUUCAAUCAACCAAUCUGCUCAUGUCCAGCUCAAAGAAGUUGAUCGAGUCGGAGGCAACUGUUUUUGGUACCCAGCCGUACAAGUUUAACUACAGCGACUUUAAUGAUAUCGACCACCGGCUGAAGCUCUACUUCUACCAACGAAAGUUUAAAGAGGAUGGCGAGCAUUUCAAGUGGUUGGCCAAAGGUCGCAUCUACAAUGAGCAGACGCAAUCCUUGGGAGAAGGGCUUGUGGUAAUGUCCAACUGCAAGUGCUAUCUAAUGGAGGCGUUUGCAGAACCUCACGACGAUGUAGCCAAAUGGCUGCGGCAGGUCAUCAGCGUGGCAGUCAAUCGUUUGGUGGCCAUUGAUCUGAUGCCCUGGAAACUUGGAUUGUCCUUCACCUUAAAGGAUUGGGGAGGAUUUGUGCUGCUCUUGCAUGACAUGCUAAGGACGGAAAGUUUACUGAAUUAUUUACAACAAAUUCCUCUGCCUGAGCAGUGCAAGCUGAAUCAUCAGCCCUCAGCACUACUUGGCCAUCAGUUGGAAACUAUUGCGGCCGAACCAGUCAAGAUGUGCUCCCUGAUUCCCAGCUGCCAAUGUAUCUGUGACCAGGAGAAGAGCUCCUUUGAACCCUCCCUGCUCCUAAUCACGGACUCACAUUUGUACAUCUCAGGAAAUAGCAACUUCACGUGGCUGUCACACAAAAUUCAGGAAAAGUCCAUUCAACCAGAACUUAGCCUUAAUCAGCCACUGAGCAAUUUGGUGGACGUGGAGCGCAUUACAGACCAAAAGUAUGCGAUCAACUUCAUUGAUGAGACGCAAAACAGGUGCGAGAUAUGGCAGUUGCACUUCGAAACGCAUGCCAAUGCCGCAUGUUGCCUGAAUGUCAUCGGAAAAGGAUGGGAGCAGCUAUUUGGAGUGCCAUUCAGUCUCUCUGGAACGUGAGGAGCGGAUUUCCCUAGAAAAUUGAAUACAGCCUGUUCCAAUUAUUGUGCAAAGUUUAGAAUUGUUGAUCUUAAUUGACUAUGUUAUUUAAUGUCAGAUUAGUUUUAUUAACUUAGGCUAGAGCUUUCAAUCAAUAAGAAAUGGUGCUGUACCACGAUUUAAAUGUAAAUAUUUAUAAAUAUAGAGGUUAUUAUUUUUUGAA